AUCACUUUCUUUCCACGAUUUUAUUUCAAAUGUUUCACCAUUCUAAUCUUAGAAAUAUAUUAUAUUAUAUUUAUAAGAUUAGGCUAGGUGGCUCUAUAAAGGGUCCCCAAAAGCCCCCAUUGACACGUUUUGGAGCUACUGUGAGGCUCAACUCAAACCGCCAAUUGGUCAGCUCACGACUGAAGCAUCCUCGCUCCAACGCCAAAAGCUUCCAUCUUUCUAUAUAUAUAUAUUGGCAAUCCAGAAUCUUUUCAAUUCAGAAACUUGUCACAAUAAAUCUCUUUGGGGUUUCAUACUUUCAUUAGUGAGAUGGAAGUGGCGUCCUCAUCAAAGGAAGAAGAAAGAUCAUUCAAAGCGGCGGGCGGCGGCGGCGGAGAUCCUCGCCGCCAAUCUCGGAAGUGCAGAACCAUCUGCCUGGCGGUGACAGCUGUCGUUCUGGUCGCAACAGUCGUACUCGUGAUCCUCUGCUUCACGGUGUUCAAAGCCAGGGAGCCCGAAAUGACAAUCAAUUCCGUCGUUUUGAAAGACCUCGACGUGGCGCUCAACAUUCCCCGACUCAGCGUGGACGUGAACUUGACGCUGGACGUGGAUCUAUCCGUGAAGAACCCGAACAAAGCGGGCUUCAAGUACAAAAGCGGCAGCGCUUUGUUGAACUACAGAGGGGAGCUGGUGGGCCAGGGCCGAAUCGGGUCGGGUGAGAUAUCGGCGGACCAUACCAAGCCCAUGAACGUGACGCUGACCAUUAUGGCGGACCGGUUCCUGGAAAAAUCGGAGCUCUUUUCGGACGUGAUGGCCGGUAAGUUGCCUUUCACCACUUUGACCAAAGUAUCGGGCAAAGUUGUCAUUUUUGGAAUUUUCAAGUUUCACGUGAUCUCUACCUCCUCCUGCGAUGUCAGUAUCAAUGUGAGUAAUAAGACAGUUGGGGAGCAGAAGUGCACAAGAAAGACAAAGUUGUGAUCUUUUUUGUGUUUGCUUCUGGGAUUUCUUAUUUUCUGGAUUUGCAUAUGGCUUGUCUGCUCGUGGCUGGUGACUGCUCUACUACAAGCCCUCAUGUUGUGAUGGGGCGACAUAUUUUGCAUGCUGUGAUCGAGAUACGGUUCGAUUUGGGCAACUUAAUGACCAAGAAAGGAAAGGGCACGCAGAAGUUAAUUAUGAAAGAGACAUGCCAGGCAAAUGGGGCUAUAAAAGAUGUUCAAAGCAUUGUAUGCAAGCACACCAUAGCCGCUGCAAAACACAGAAAGAACAAAUCGCCUGGUGUUGUGUUGGAGAAGUAAAACAAUGGAGGAAAAGAGGGAGGAAGGGAUCAUGAAGAAACUAGGAAAGCCUGUACCCAUAGCCGCUGCGGUGGUUGGGGUUCUUGUGAUCACAGCAUUCAUAAUAACGGUGAUCCUAUCGGUUACAGUUUACAGAGGAAAGGACCCCAUAACCAUGGUGGAUGGGGUGGUCUUAAGGGACCUGCACAUUUCUCACAAAGUGCCUAAACUCACCGUAGAUUUAAAUCUCUCUGUGAAGAACCCCAACAAGGAGGCCUUCAGGCCCACCAAAGGCACUGCACUCUUGGUCUAUAGGGGUGCGCCGAUGGGCGAGGCAGUUAUAGACACAGGAGAGAUAGCCGCCGGCACCACUAAAUCCAUGACUGUCACGCUCUCCAUUAUGCCUGAGCGUUUGCAGGGGAAUCCCGAGAUUUAUAUGGAGGUGAAGGCGGGUAUGGUGCCCUUCAACACUUACACCAAAAUCUCCGGCAAAGUGAAGGUGUUCAACAUGGUUAAGGUCAAUGUGAUCUCCACCGGCUUAUGCGGUUUUGCUGUUGAUGUCAAGAGCAAGACUGUUGGGGAGCCCAAGUGUUCAUAGAACGCUAACUUAGAAUUCUUUUUCUUGCUCUGUGGGGUUACAUGUUCAGUGCUCUAAUUUGUAAAGUUUUUUUUCUUUUUAUAUGAUUCAGAAUUGGUUGUAAUAAUUAGGUUGUUUCUACCUUCUACGUAACUGAUAAAGUUGCAUUCUGGAUUUGUUAAUUUGUCCCUUUUUACUGAAAAUAAGAUUAUAUUUUUCACUCUA